AAGUGAAGAGUGGAAGAUUUAAGCUCAACGUGUCCUACAGUGGCCAGAGUGGCCACUACAGUGGCCAGAGUGGCCACUGUCCACUUGGCAGUUGGCGCUUGGCACUUGCCUUGUACUUAGUUGUAUGUAAGUUUUUACAUACAAUACACUUUCACAUUUUCUAUAGUUUUUUAAUGAUUAUUCUAUAAAUUUUACUAGGUAGUAUAUUGUUAUUAUAUAUUAUAAAAAGUUUUCUCAUUACUGUUUCAAUUAUUGUUAAUAAUGUCCAAUUUUGAUUCUGUAAUUACAUUACUUAAAAAAUAUGAUCAAGAACACAUCAUUAAAUUUUGGAACAAACUUGAUGAAAAUGAAAAGAAAUUUUUGUUGGAAGACAUCCGUGAACUAAACAUUCCUGAAGUGGUUGAAAUGUUUAAAAAAACUGUAGAAAAUAUGAAUGCCAAUCAACAAAAAUUGGAUAAUAGAAUGAAUCCUAUACCCGCCGAACUUUAUGGUGCUGUGAACCGCAGUCCUAAAGAACUCUUGAUUAAGUAUGAACAAAUUGGACUUGAGCAGAUAUCCCAAGGUAAAGUCGGAGUUUUGUUAAUGGCUGGAGGGCAAGGUACAAGGCUUGGAGUUAAUUAUCCUAAAGGUAUGUAUGACGUCGGUUUGCCAUCUCAUAAAUCGUUAUUCCGUAUACAAGGAGAACGUAUUCGCUGUCUGAUUAGGCUAGCAAAUAAAAAUUUUGGAAGCAGUAAAGGUUUACCUUGGUUUAUAAUGACUAGUGAACACACUAUGGAACCUACUCGCAAAUACUUUAAGGAAAAUAACUAUUUUGGCUUAGAUGAAAAAAAAAUUAUAUUUUUUGAACAAUAUAUGUUGCCAGCAUUUACAUUUGAUGGAAAAAUCAUUAUGGAAGGUAUUAAUAAAAUUUCUAAAUCUCCAGACGGUAAUGGUGGCAUAUAUAAAGCUUUACGUGAUCGUAAUGUACUGGAUGAGAUUAAAAGACUAGGUGUUCAAUACCUCCAUGCUCAUAGCGUAGAUAACAUAUUAGUUAAAGUAGCGGAUCCAAUAUUUAUUGGGUAUUGCAUAACAAAAAAUGCUGAAUGUGGAGCUAAAGUUGUAGAAAAAGCAUAUCCUUCUGAGCCAUUAGGUGUUGUAUGUGAGGUUGAUGGAAAAUUUCAAGUUGUUGAGUAUAGUGAAAUCACUGAAAAUACAGCUGAAAAAAGAAAUCCUGAUGGCCGUUUAACAUUUAGUGCUGGUAAUAUUUGCAACCAUUUUUUUACAACAGAUUUUUUAAACAAUGUUGCAUAUAAGUAUAAUAAUGAAUUAAAAUUGCAUGUUGCUAAAAAAAAAAUACCUUAUGUGAAUGAUGAUUUCACUGUAUGCAAACCAGAAGAACCAAAUGGUAUCAAAAUGGAGAAAUUUAUAUUUGAUGUUUUUGAAUUUUGUAAUCGUCUUGCUGUUUGGGAAGUAGAAAGAGAUGAAGAAUUUAGUGCUUUAAAAAAUGCAGAUGUACCUAAUGGAAAAGAUAACCCUAAGACUGCUCGCUUAGAUGUCUUUUCACUUCACAGAAAAUUUGUUGAAAAAUCUGGAGGAAAAUUUAAAACUGAAAACAUUGAAUGUGAGAUUUCACCUCUUUUAUCUUAUGCUGGUGAAAAUCUUAAACAAUUGGUUGAUGGUAAAAUUUUUGAUUCCGUAUUAGAAUUAAAAUCUAUCGAAGAAUUAUCUAAUAAUAAAACUUCUAAUGUAAAUUAAAUUUUUGUUUUAUUCGUAACCUUUUUACUAUCCACAUAGUGGAUAUUCCUAGCUAAAUUGAUUUUAUCAUGAAUUCUAAAGAUCAGGUAUCAAUUUUCUAAAUUUAUAAUUGAAAAACAUUUUCAAAUAUCUAUCUUAAGUUUAUUACCCAAAAAUCACAUAA